AUGUACGUGGAUUCUUUGCUAUUGUGUGCCCACGCAGAGGAGGAUGACUCUUCCAUGCCUUGCGACAACAGGCCACCACAUUUGACUCCGUGCACCACGAGCGUUGUGGACAGUGAGGGAGCUGAUCGGGUGCGUCUUGAUGUGGGCGGUGGAGCGGGCGAUGGCAAUGCGUCAGAACAGGGAUGUCCAACGUUGGAUCCGAACAGACCAAUGGCACAACAAAUGUGUCGGAAGCGUCCACGAGGGUGGCAAUAUCCACCAAACCGGGAUAACUUUCCGGCUGACAUGGUUUGCUUUCUCGACCCAAGGCCGGGUCAUGGAACCUUUUACAGAUGCUUAGAUGGAGAAAAUGGUCUGUGGAGUGUGAUCAUCAACCAGGCGAAGGUGAAUAUGGAGGGGGUGCGCGCGAGCAUGGCAUUGCGUUCUGAUCCUGCCCAUAUUUUAAGCGUGGACGGGAGGUGGUCACAGGUGCGUGAGGCAAAGCAUUGCACGGUUUCCUUCAUGGAUCCGGUGUCUCGUAAAGUUGCGUUUUAUAAAAACACACACAGGGACGUAGAUGACGACACAUCUGUCAAGCUCGAACGAGUGGGGUUUGAUCAGGGUAUGGACGAGCUAAGAGAGAUUGGGUUUGGUGUGGCUGGUAUCGUCACCGAUGGAGGUAGCAGUUUCAAGACUGCUGUUCGGGAGAGGGGACUGAAACAUCAAGAGGAUUGGUGGCAUAAAUGUGGUACCCUGGUGCGUAGUUUCAAGACGGAUGUUCAGGAUGCAACAAGGAAGGCAGGUGAAGUUGGGGCGGCAACUUCGUGCGAGGAUCUUUACUUGAUCACAAUCAAUAAACUGCUAGGGUGGUUGCGGGAGCACCCACGCCCGGGAACGACGUUUGGACGGGGCAGUGGAAAGAAGGCGUUGGUGGAGGCAGUGUGUGCUGCACGGGGUUUGGAGUUCAAGGAUAUGGACCCUGCAGAUGCCAAAUGGUUGCACCUGGAACUGCAGCAAGUGCUCCAGACAGAGGUUGGGCAGCCGACAGUGCGAGCAAGCACAGAGGUGGUGGAAGAAGCAGAACCGGGGGUGACAGUGGGACAUGGGCCACGUGACGGGAGUGAAGGUCCGAACGGUGACGGUCUUAAUGGCGGGGUUGGAGCCGUCGAAGUACAGUGGCCGGACGUGGACGAAAUGUGGGGCUGGGAUGCGCAUCCGGAACAUGGGAUACGACCAUCAUCGCAUGCAUCGAUGGUGCUCGUGCAGGCAUGGAGAGGUUUAGAGCACAACACUGCUUCACUGUAUGACGGCACUGUUGGGCAAGACGAACAAGAGAAUGUUCCAGCUUCUGGAGGCGCGGCUGGGAUUGCGACCGAGGGUGGCAUGGAUAAUGAUGCAGCAGAACAGAGACCAAGGAGAUGGGGACGACGAGCGCCACGCAGACGGACUCGGCAAGGGGAUGGCGGAGGGGCUGGCAGCGAGAGUGAAAGCGGUUACUGUUGCGGAUCGGCUCGGUGUGCACUUCUACCACUGCAUGGUUCGGAACGGGGUGUGCGCUCGGGACGGGCACACUCGCACACCCCAGGAAGUGUCAGAGGAGUUGUGUCUAGGACCAGACCAUUGGGCUGGGCUUCAUUCGCGAUGCUGGAGGAGCGGAAUGCGUGCACCAAGAUGUGUGACAGAAAAUUGGGGUGA